GUCAUUCGUGAGCGCCUGCAGAUCCUGCAGUCAAACGUUCUUGACCUCACUAAUGCAUGUUUAACUUGGGUCGCUGAUGAGGUUGAAAAGGCUCUUCCCUACUUGACAAGCGUGAACGAUGACCUGCUGCGUUGUAUCGAAAGCUUUCUGCAAAGAGUUCGGAGAAAUGAGCAAGCUGCUGACUUUGUGUUUGUGGAGAAAGCAAUCGUAGCCUCACCUGAAUCUGUGCGCAAUAAACAGAUUCGGUCUAUGUUGCAGAGAACAGUUCUCAACUACAUUGAGGGUACCGGUGAGGCUGGUAUUAAUCUCGCUUACUUGACAAGCGUGAACGGUGACCAGCUGCGUUGUAUCGAAAACUGUCUGCAGACAGUUCGACAAAAUAAGGUUCUUGUGGCCUAUCUGCAUUCAGAAAGAAUGAACAGGUUCGGCCCCAAGCCGCACUUUGCUGUCGGCAGCGCAUGCGGCUGGACCCUCAUUGGUGUUUGA